UUUUGAUUUAUCACUCGGGUGCAAACACCUUACUCUAUCUUCUAUUUUCAUUUAUUUAUUUGUUAUUGUAUUGUAUUGUUUUUUUUGAAAUUCGCCACCAUUGCCUUUAAACCCGCUUAUUACUCGCGAGCUGGUCUAAGCGCUGUCAUCAAGCCUGAUUCAUCUUGUCAAAAAAUUAUAUACACCCGCACACACAUAUUGCAGAGCAACGAGCAACAAUUACUGUACACGAGGCUGUGCUCUUUUUUAGCAACUAGUUUGCAGGUUCUUAUAUAAAUAACAUCACUUUUUCUUCCAUUUCAUCCAUCUAUUCCAUUCAUCACCAUACACCCAAAUACACAUACACACGUUGACAUCGGCUUGUUUUAUUGGAUUAUCUUCACAUUUACACGCACAUACAUACAUACAUCAUACACGCACAGCAUGUCCCCUGCAAUGGCCGCCAAGAGCAGAAGCCGCCCUCUGACCAUCACAACGAUCGACGAAUACGACCGGAUCUACGCGCGCAAAAGAGAUGCGUAUGGGCCCAACCAUGAUCAAAUCACAGAUCAUCGCGACCAUCGCAAGCAGCAGCGCAAAACGCAACAGUGGACCCGCGCCUACCACAUCCUAAAGGCAAUAAUGCACGAGCCCGAGUCCCGCAGCAUCUUUAUGUUUCUCCUGCUCAACCUAUCAUACAUGACCGUGCAGCUCGUCUAUGGAUACGCAACGAACAGUCUCGGGCUGAUAUCCGACGCCAUCCAUAUGCUCUUUGACUGCAUGGCGCUUGCCAUUGGGCUUGUGGCCGCUGUGAUGAGCAAGUGGCCGCCCAGCGAGACUUUUACUUUUGGCUAUGACCGGAUUGAGAUAUUGUCUGGGUUUGCGAAUGGCGUGUUUUUGAUGCUUAUUUCAGUGUCGAUUUUCUUUGAGGCUGUUGAAAGGCUGAUUUAUCCGCCAGAGAUGAACACACAGCGGCUGCUGUUGGUUUCGUUUGGUGGCUUGGCUGUCAAUUUGUUUGGCAUGCUCGCGUUUAACGGACACCAUCACCAUCACCAUGGCGGAGGCGGAUGCAGCCACUCGCACAAGCCGGUCCACAAACACAGCCACGAUCAUGACCAUGAGCACUGCAACGGCCACGACCACGAUCAUGAUCACGAACUCGAGCACGCGCACACACACCGUCGCAGCCAAAACAUGCAAGGUCUCUUCUUGCACGUAAUGGCCGACACGCUCGGCAGCGUAGGUGUUAUCAUAUCGACCCUGCUCAUCCAGCAAUUCGGUGUUAUCCCGCUUGUGCGCGACUCCAUGCACAUGCUUUUACUCCGUCUGCCCGAGCACUCGCAGAUCGAAGUGCGCUCAGCCAUCAAUCAGAUUACGUGCAGUGUCGGUUGUAUUACGGAUAUGCCUAGGGUGCAGUUUUGGCCGAUUACGGAGGAGCAGAUCAUGGGGAUUGUGCAUGUUGUGGUUGAUCCUGGGAUGAUGUCUGCGGGAGAUGAGAUGCCGCUUUGCGGGACCACUGUUCGAAGUGAUAUUGCGCUUGAAAUUGGAAGCAUUGUGAGAGCUCACGUUUCUGGGUUGCAGGAUGUUUUUGUGCAAGUAGAGGUCAAAUAUUAGUCUAGAUGCUUGACUUUGUUUUAUCUUUAAACGAC